GAUGAGUGAAUGAGUACAAUCCAGCAUGAUCUGCCGUCUAGCACGGAAUUCCUUACAGAACAGUACAGAACAAAUCUCGGCCGUCCAGUGAAAUCAUGAUCUCCGUCUUCUUUUUCCGCUCUCACCUCAAAAAGCCCUCUCCCUUGUUUGCUUUUGGCAGCUGCAGGAACCACAGAAGCAGCUCCGGAAAACACGAGCGCUGGAAUAUUCUAGAAAUAGUAGGGGUAAAAUGGGAAAGUACAUGAGAAAAUGCAAAGUGCUGGGAGAGAUUGCAGUCAUGGAGGUUUCUCCGAGCCGCGUACGGACGCGGGCUCGAACCCUCGCCAUCGAGACGGCUGAGAGAAGGAAGAGGGCCCGGAUUCUGACACCUUCACCGGAAAAUUCGGUCUCACCGGCGAAUUACGCCCGAGUUCCGUACGAUCGGUGCCCUAGCCCCGAUCGUGUCCCGGCUUCUCGGUGCUCGAGCAACGGAUCGAGCGAGCUCGUGAAUCAACCGUCUAGAUCUGCAGAUCCGGAGGGUUUUGAAAACGCUACGGAUUCCAACUGCAGAGAGAGGAGAGAGACGACACCGUCGAGUAAUCUUCGAUCAGAAUCAGACGAACUGGAAUCAACGGCGAGGCCUCCCGCGGGCAAUCCCCGCCGUAAACCGACGGCUGAAAAGAUGCCGUCGGUGGCGGAGAUCGAGGACUUCUUCGCAGCAGCAGAGAAAGACGAGAAGAAGCGGUUCGCGGAGAAGUAUAAUUUCGACGUGGAGAAGGAGGUUCCGCUGGAGGGACGAUACGAGUGGGUGAGAUUGAAGUAAGAAGACUUCAAGAGCAUUUCUGGUAUUAUUUUUUUAUUUUCCAUUUUUGUACAGCCUGCUUUGUGUAAGAAGCUCUGUUUGUCUGUACGAUAUACGGAGAAGCUUCUGGUGCAAAUCCUCCUGGGGAAGAACGGUUGAAUAAGAAUUUUCGGCUAUAUUCGCUCGUUUCGGUGUA